AUGGAAGCUCAAAAAAGGGGAUCAGCGAAAGGAAAGCGCAAGGCUGAGAGUAAUAUGCAACAAUCAAGAGUUGGCCGAGAUGCAUUUUUUAAUUUCAUGAAAGAAGAACGACACGAAAUGGGGAAAAUGGCCAAUGCAAAGUUGGACAGUAAGAUGCAAGAGGAGAUUGCUAAUAAGUGGAGGAAAUUGAACCCUAAAGAGAAGGCAACAUAUGGUUCUGCCUUGGAAGGUUCGACUGGGCAAGUAGAUGCAGCCCGGACCGAUUCCAUCGUACGGUUCAAUCCAGAUACGUCUUCUAUAGAACUGCACGGCAAAGUGUUUGGAAUAAGUCCCGUUGAGUUUGGGCGUGUUAUGGGCCUUAAGAACACCGACGAGGAUGUUGAACUCGACUCGCCGGUAGAAGAUGAAAAGUGCGAAAAUGCGAAUAAGGACUUUAAAGUUCGAUUUGUGAUGUUCGCACUUGGCACUGUACUUUGCCCGACAUCUUCACCAUCAGUGACCGGGAACUAUCUAACUUUCUUGACGAUCCCAGGGAAGAUAGAGACCAAGAACUGGGCCAACCAUGGAUUCAAGUUCUUAUGUGAAGGUGUUAGGUCGUUCAAAGCGAAGAAAGUUUUGGAUCCCAUUGUGUCCUGGGACAAUCAGUCGGUGUGGAAAAUGAUUAAAUGGGUUAGAAAGCAAGGUGGGUUUGAGAGUCCUACUAUUCGGGUUGUUUCAAAGUACCAUCCAACGAAUGAAGUGUCCGGAGUAAACCUUGAAAGAAUUGUUCAAGAAGUUUCUAUGAGUUUGGCGCCAGUCAUGCAGGCUAAGGUGAAGCGAUCAAUUGAAGGACAUGCUUUGGGGCCAAUAAUACAGGCAGAGCUCUAG